UUGAAGUUGUACCUACCCACGCCAGAGUCCUGCUGUCCUCUACUCCAGCGAUGGCUUGCUAAGAACAAGUGGACCAAGCAAAAUUCGCUCGAAGUUGCCGAUCCUGUCGUGGUGGAGACCAAAAGCAAAUCAGGCCCAAGUAUCGGUCAGAGUGAAGUAACUCUGACCGACAUUGUCGUGACUACAAAGUGCGUCAUGAGUAGUCGAGUUCAGCCACCUCUUGCGCCAGCAGCCGGCGGAGAAUUGGACAUGCUCGUCUUGAGAACCUUGGCCUGCACAAGGCGUUGCUGGAUGGUUUCGUGGCGAUUUGAGCCAGCAGCUAGGGUAGGGAAGUUAGCAGGAAGGAAGGAGGUCCAUAGGGCUCGUGAUGCUAUUGAAUCCCGGUGUGUGUGACGUGUGCAGCGUGAUGUUUGAAGGGAGGGGGAUGAUCUGGUGCAGGGACUAGCGCAGCCACUCCAUCCGCCGACGAGAGAGGCGUGGGUACGCAGCGGCUGAGGGGGAGUGACUUUUACUUUUCGCCUGUCCGAUCGCGCAUGUGCGCGCUCUCGUGUGCGUACAUCAUCUUCAUCGUCGGUGCGGCGUUCCGCGAUCUCCUUCUGUUUCGUUUCUCUUCUCGCACGCGCUCUUUACAAAGCGUGCAUCCCACUCCAGUGAGCACGAGGCAGCUGGCAGAUAGUUCACUCGCAUCUUUGGCGAAGAGUCGAGCUGCGGAAUCUGUUGUGCUUGAAAAAGUUCUCCUACUGCACUUCGAUGAAGCUCACCCUCGAAUUCGGCGGUGGAUUGGAAUUGCUCUUCGGUUCAGUGAAGAUUCAUGAGGUUGCUGUUCCUCCACCCGAUGGCGAAACUAAGGUCACAGUCAAGCACUUGCUCCUCUGGAUUCGAGACAACCUUCUCAAGGAAAGACCAGAGAUGUUCCUGAAGGACAAGUCAGUGAGGCCCGGAGUUUUGGUGUUGAUAAAUGACUGUGACUGGGAGCUUUGUGGAACAACGGAGGCAGUCUUAGAAGAGAAGGAUACAGUGGUCUUCAUAUCUACAUUGCACGGGGGAUGAUCACGAAUCCACUACGACUGUAUCAUUCCACAUCCUUUUCUUCUGCCUUCGAAUCCAAAAGGGCUCGAGCAUACCACAUAAUCGUCUCAAAUCAGUUUGGUUACAGAUUUAGGCAGUAAGCUGGAAGUCUGUAAAAUAUUAGUCCCAGCUGCUUCAUCCAUGAGGUUGAAUAACCUGUAAACGUGUGAACCGUUUCUACUUUCAUUGCGUUUAGAGUACGAUGUGUUGUGGCUGAACGAAUUGUUUUUAAAUGAAUCUCCGUGACCAUCGUCGAAGACACGUAAUAACACAGCAACAAAUCUAGUUACGAAACGAUGUAUAUCUACAAAAUUUCUUCCCAGCCAGUCCACUUUACUCUUAUCGAUAAAUUUCGAAGUGGCAAAUGAACUUGACAGUUUCGUAUGCAGAAAACAGGUCUUGAUUUGUGGUUGGUCUUCAGCUUGAAGAGUUCGCGUCAGUACUUUUGACGCAGGCAAGAAUGUCUCGCUGGGUUCGUGAUUACAAGGGUCCAUUUUACCCUGCAGAAUGGAUUCUGCACCCG